AUGACUGUUACUGAGUUACCUUCCGUUUUUGAUGGAUCUAUCGAUCUCGGUAUCAUUGGUGGUACCGGUCUUUAUAAAUUAGACUGCUUAAAACCUAUUGCUGUAUUACCACCUGUACAAACACCAUGGGGAACGACAUCUUCACCUAUCACAAUCUCCAAGUUUGUUGGUAAUGAAUCAUUCCAUGUUGCGUUCAUUGCCAGACAUGGGUUACAUCAUGAAUACCCUCCUACAAGAGUGCCUUUUAGAGCUAAUAUGGCAGCUUUGAAAAAUUUAGCUUGUAAAGCUGUCUUAUCGUUUAGUGCAGUGGGAUCAUUACAAGAACAUAUUAAACCUAGAGAUUUUGUUUUACCUCAACAAAUUAUUGAUAGAACAAAGGGAAUCAGGCAAUCAUCUUAUUUCAAUGAUGAAGGUUUGGUUGGUCAUGUUGGGUUCGGAAAUCCAUUUUCCCAAAAAUUUGCUGAAUUUAUUUAUAAAUUUAAAGAUACCUUAACGAAUAUUGAUACAAAUGAACCUUGUACUCUACAUUACGAUAGCGAUUUAACUGUCAUAUGUAUGGAGGGACCACAAUUCUCAACAAGAGCUGAAUCGAAAAUGUAUAGAAGCUUUGGAGGUGAUGUUAUUAACAUGAGUGUUAUCCCUGAAGCCAAAUUAGCCCGCGAAUGUGAGUUACCAUACCAAAUGAUUUGUAUGUCUACUGAUUAUGAUGCCUGGAGAGAUAAUGAAGAACCUGUCACUGUCGAAACCGUUGUCGGUCACUUAUCAAACAACGGUCAUAACGCUAAUGUUUUGGCAUCCAAGAUUAUUAAUGAAAUGGCCAAUAAACUGCCUGAAUUUAUGUUGAAUGGGGAUGGUUUAAAAGGUUCAAUUAAAAUGUCUAUUUCUACCAGACCAGAAGCCAUGUCAAAGGAUACUUUAGAUAAACUAAACUUUUUGUUCCCUGACUAUUGGUAA